AUGUACGAGGGCAAGUGGACCGCCCUCACGGUCCGCAAGACCUUUCUUGAGUACUUUGCCGAGAGAGGACACACAAUAGUGCCCUCCUCCUCCGUCGUCCCUCACAAUGACCCGACCCUCCUCUUCACAAAUGCCGGGAUGAACCAGUUCAAGCCCAUUUUCCUCGGCACGGUCAACAAGUCCGACGACAUGGCCUCUCUCAAGCGCGCUACCGAUACGCAGAAGUGUAUCCGCGCGGGCGGGAAGCAUAACGACCUCGACGAUGUCGGCAAGGACUCCUACCACCACACUUUUUUCGAGAUGCUGGGCAAUUGGUCCUUUGGAGACUACUUCAAGAAGGAGGCCAUCAGCAUGUCGUGGGAGCUGCUGACAAAGGUCUACGGACUGGAUCCCUCCAGACUCUAUGUCACAUAUUUCGAGGGCAACCCCGCCAUGGGUCUGGACCCCGAUCUGGAGGCCAAGGAGCUGUGGCAGUCUGUGGGCGUGGCGGACGACCACAUCCUGCCAGGCAACAUGAAGGACAACUUCUGGGAGAUGGGCGACCAGGGCCCAUGCGGUCCUUGUAGUGAGGUGCACUACGAUAAGGUCGGCGGCCGCAAUGCCGCGCACCUUGUCAACCAGGACGAUCCCUUGGUGGUGGAGAUCUGGAACAACGUGUUCAUCCAGUUCGACAGGCAAAAGGACAAGUCCCUGAAGUCGCUCCCUGCCAAGCACAUCGAUACCGGCAUGGGCUACGAGCGUCUCGUCUCCGCGCUGCAGGACAAGGAAUCCAACUACGCCACCGACGUGUUCACCCCGCUGUUCAACAAGAUACAAGAGGUCACCAAUGCUCGUCCAUACACCGACAAGUAUGGUAAAGACGAUGCUGACGGUGUAGACACGGCGUACCGUGUGGUGGCCGAUCACAUCAGGCUGCUUACCUUUUCCAUGGCAGACGGGGCGGUCCCGAACAAUGAAGGAAGAGGCUACGUGGUGCGCAGAGUGCUCCGGAGAGGUUCGCGGUAUGCUCGCAAGUACUUCAACGUGGAGAUCGGGUCCUUCUUCUCCAAGAUCCUGCCUGCGCUCGUCGAGCAGAUGGGCGAGCAGUUCCCCGAGAUCGUCAAGAAGCAGAAGGAUAUCGCUGAGAUUCUUGACGAGGAGGAGGAGGCCUUCGCGAAGACCCUCGAUCGCGGCGAGAAGCAGUUCGAAAAGUUCGUUGCGGAUGUGCAAAAGAAGGGCGAGAAGAAGUUGUCUGGCCUGCAGGUCUGGAGAUUAUACGACACGUAUGGUUUCCCUGAGGACUUGACCAAGCUGAUGAGCGAGGAGCGCGGCAUGGAACCUACGGAUGAGGAUGAUAUUUCCAAGGCGAGGGAAGAGGCGCGCGAGGCUAGUAAGAAGGUCAAGGAUAAGGCUCAGGAGUUCCCCAAGUUGAACGUGCACCAGAUUGCGGAGCUGGAGAACCAACACAAGAUACCAAGACCAGACUCGGAGCCAAAAUACGGAAAGGGCGAUAUCACCGCGAACAUUCAGCUGAUCUUCACGGGCGAGAAGUUUGUCGAAUCGUCUAAGGAUAUACCGGUGGAGACCCCUCUCGGCCUCAUACUCGACAAGACCAACUUCUACGCUGAGUCUGGUGGCCAGAUCGCGGACAAGGGUCGGAUCCUUGUGGACGACGACGUUGCCGAGUUCAAGGUCGAGGACGUGCAGGAGUAUGGAGGCUACGUCGUGCAUAUUGGUUACUUUGCCCAUGGCUCGUUGAGCUCGGGCGAUAAGGUGAUCUGCGAAUACGACGAGCUGCGACGGCAGCCCAUUCGCAACAACCACACCGGCACGCACAUCCUCAACCACUCUCUGCGCGAGGUGCUGGGUGACGACGUCAACCAGAAGGGCUCGCUCGUCGAUGAAGACAAGCUGCGCUUCGACUUCUCGCACAAGACAGGCGUGACGAACGAGGAGCUGAAGAAGAUCGAGGACCUGUCCAACGCGUACAUCAAGCAGAAUGCCCAGGUCUAUUACAAGGACGUGGAGCUCGACGCCGCCCGAGAGAUUGAGGGUGUGCGUGCCGUGUUCGGUGAGACAUAUCCCAACCCUGUGCGUGUGGUCUCGGUCGGCAUCGACGUGGACAUGCUCCUCGAGAACCCCAAGAACCCCGAAUGGCGCAAGGUGAGCGUCGAGUUUUGCGGCGGUACUCACGUCGACCAGACUGGCAUCAUCAAGGACAUGGUGGUCGUGGAGGAGAGCGGUAUUGCCAAGGGCAUCAGGCGAAUGGUCGCAUACACGGGCGACGCCGCACAUGAGGUACAGCGGCUCGCCAAGGAGUUUGCCAACAGGCUGCAGGAGCUCGAGAAGCUGCCCUUUGGCCCCGAGAAGGAAGAGCAGGUCAAGCGGACGGGCGUCGAGCUGGGCCAGCUGACGCUCUCGGUGCUGGAGAAGGAAGACCUGAGGCAGACGUUCGCCAAGAUCCAAAAGACAGUCGUGGACGAGCAGAAGAAGCGCCAGAAGGCGGAGAGCAAGACGGCGCUGGACACGGUGACGAGCCACUUCUCCAAGCCGGAGAACAAGAACAGCAAGUGGUUUGUCGGCCAGCUGCCCAUCAGCGCCAACAUGAAGGCCAUCUCGGAUGUCAUGGCGCACUUCAAGAGCAAGGACAAGACCAAGAGCGUCUAUGUCUUUGGAGGCAGCAAGGAGGGCGGUGUUGUGCAUGGCGUUUAUGUCGGCACUGACCUCGCCUCCAAGGGCAUCACCGCCGAGAAGUGGUCCACCACCGUCUCGGAGGUCAUCGGCGGCAAGGCGGGCGGUAAGGAGCCGACGCGCCAGGGCUCGGGCACCCAGCCCGAGAGGAUCGAGGAGGCGGUCGCGACGGCGGAGAAGUGGCUGACCGAGGAGAUGGAGAAGCUGAAGAUCUGAUUUUUUUUUUCUUUCUCUUCGGUUAUUCCAUAAAAAAAAAGGAAGGGAAAAAAAGGGGGAGGGGGGGGGGGUUGCAAUUGAAACCAGGAGAGAAAAGAAUGAAAGGAGGACACAUCAAAUGUAUGGCAUGGUGGGAAAUUGGUGGUAUCAUAGGGAGCUCUAUAGAUGUUGCGCUUAUCGGUUCACAACG